GCAGUCGCGGUAGUGAUUUGCGCCGCAGAUCACUGUAGCGGCCAGCGGUGGAUCCCCUCCGCACCGCCGCGAUUAGCCACAUAGGUUUCUCUUAAGAAAUAGAUAUGGAAAUUUUCAGCGAAGGUCGAGUGAGCGAAGGUCGGGAUUCUCCUUUCUUUCUCACCAGUGCGUUCGAGAUUCUCCUUUCUUUCUCACCAGUGCGUUCGAGAUUCUCCUUCCUCUCUCAUCAGUGCGGUUUUACAAUGCCUCAUAGAACCAGACCCAUGACUGCACUCUUGUUGUUCACUUCACUAAAUGCAGUUUUGUGUGCAACCAUUACACCCGUCUAUGAUUUCGUUUGCUUUCUUCCUUACUGGGAAAGAAGGAGAGAAAGGCGUCGUCUGGAACGCGAAGCUUCUAACCAUCAAAGGAUCUAGAAGAUGAUAAAAAAUGAACAAUAUAUUCAUGAUGUGUGAAGUAGUGAUUGAAGAAAUAUAGAGCAUAUGCUGUGAGAUUUUUUUUAAAGUGUUGUACGAGUCAGAACUCAGAAUAGCUAUAUCAUGAUGAAUGAAGUAAACAUUGUAAUAGAAGAAAUGUAGAGUUUUUUAAUUGUCUUUUUUUUCCUUGAAUAAUGUAAAAGUUUUCUCUUGCACUA